AUCAUAUAGCAAAAAUAACCAUUCAUAUUCAUGAAACUGGUUUUACUUUGAAAAUAUUGACCGGAAGUGUACUGCUUUGUUGUGAUUCUUGACUCAGACCUGCAGUGUAUCGAUAGUUCAGCUGCUGUAACUUCAGCUAUGAACCUGCUGUUUAAUGACACCGACGUGGAGAAUACAGCUGAGAGGCUGAAGAGGAAAUAUCUGGAGAGGAGGACAAAGUUGCCACCUCCCGAAGACAUUAUCUCAGGAACCAGUGAUGGGUCUUUACGAAGGCUCAUGUUGGCCAACAGAUCCAAACGGCCAAGCAAAGAGUUGAGAUGCUACAGCAGAGCUUUACAUGAGCUGUUCAAAGCCGUUACCAACCAUCCUGACCAGUUUGACAGUGAUCGUGGUCUGCACGGCAGUAAUGAGGACCUGAGUGGGGACUCUAUAGCUGGCCCAUUUCAGGACUCCCAGGUGCUGCUUUCAGAAACAGAUGUGACCUUGCCUUCCUGUUUGGAUGAUAGCCCUGGGUCUCACGAAACUGAGACCGACGGGGAGUUGCAGAGAGCUUGCCAACGCCCUGACUCGUGCCGUUCCUCUUCCUUAGUGCUAGUAAAGGUGUACCAGGAGAUGAUGACCAUCUAUGAACAACUAAAGGCAGAGCGACAGAGCCAGCAGCAGUGGGAGAAGGAGCUGCAGGAGCGAGAGAGGAGGCUGAAGCAACGGGAGGAGGCUGUUGGGAAGCUGGCCGGGCUGGAGGAGAUGCUACACAUUCGCAUACCAGCUGUAAAGGAGAAACACCAGCAAGAGGUGAGCCAGCUGCAGGAUCUUCUUCGAGAGAGGACCAAGGAGAACAGGAGGCUCAAGUCCAGCUUUGACACCAUCAAGGAGCUGAAUGAUAACAUGAAGAUACAGUUGAAUGAGAUCAGCGAAAAGAAUAAAACGUUGGACAGCCAAUCCAAGAGGGUGCAGGCUCGACUUGAGAACCUACAGAGGAAAUAUGAGCUCAGCAUAGCAUCGAGAGGCUGUCAAAAAGUGAGCGUUAAGAGCACAGAGUGUGUUAAACCAUCCAAAAAGGAGAAAACUGCUGCCUCUGCAAAACCCAGCACCAAGGGCAGCUCCAGUCCCAACCCAGUAAAGCUCCUGGCCCUUCUACUAGACUGGGUACUCGAUGGACAGACGUUCUCAACAGUAGCAGGAAACGAAGGGAAAGGUGUCAGCCAGUGUCUGCCUCCAGAGGUCGUACUCAACGAGAGAUGCCUAAAGGUGCUGCCGUUAUUAGCAGAUCAGCUUCAUCACACUCCUCAGUCAGAAACGGACCUCCUCCUCAACCUUCUUCGCCUCAUCCACUGGGCUUUGAGACACAUGGACAGCAGUACACAGCAUGUAGCACUAUCUGCUACUCUGCGGCGGAUAGGAGAGGAAGUAUCAAAGCCCCCGGCCCAGUUAACGGUGCACCAGGCUGAAGAUCCAGACCUGCCCAAGUCCUGCAGUGGGGCUGCUGGUGGACCCUGCAGGAGCUGGCCUCUUUACCGCAGCCCCUGUCCUCAGACACGCAUCCUCUCCACCCUCAUCCUCCUCCGCACUGUCACACAAGCUGAUGUGCUGGCCCAGGCUCUGGACAGUCUCCGUACCGAGCUGAUGUCUGAGGAGAGCCGAGGCCUUUUCAUCCACUACGGAGGAGUGUGUGUGCUGCUGGCGAUGCUUCGGGCUGGCCGUGGAGGUCGGCACACACCUGUAGACAUCCUCGUGCAGCUAACUGAACAGUCCCGCUACUUGAAUCCCUUCCUGGAGGCAUGUAGCUGUGAGGAGUUUUUCCGGACGGCCUCCCAGCUUCUUAAAAACCCUCGUCUUGAGCUCCCAACGCUGGAGAAGCUCUCCAUCCUUCUACAGAAGCUCUCUAACAUCAGGAAGAACCGCCGUCUGUUUGAACUGUCCUCCCUCCACCUCCAAAUACAAGAACUCAAUCACAACGCCAACCACACACACACCUUCCUCUGCCUCAACUUCAGGUCUAUCCUCCACAACCUCAAAUAACACACACACUCACUCACAUGUUUCUCUGCUUCAUGCUUGAUUAAAGGCCUCUUUAACAAUUCAGACUUCCCGGUUAAGAUAAAGAUAACUUGCCCUGUGUUUCAGUACUUCAGUACGUAGCUCGGUCUUUCAUGUCUGCUCAAACACUAAUAAAUAACUUCAAUCCUCCAUCUCGCUCUACCUCAAAUAAUAUGCAGACGCACAUUCUUUAUUUAUUUAGUGAUAUGUUUUUGAAGUUCUUAUGUCUGUCAGAAGUACUUUUUUAGUGUUGUGUACGGUUUGCACUUUGUGACCCGUGUUUUUCUGUUCCACAAUGCUAAUCUGAUGUCUCGUCUUGUAUUCUUUCUUCUUUCUGUGAUGAAAACGGGUGUCAUGCUUGCCAGUGGCCUUAAUGGGUGUCUGAUGUGCUCAGAGGAAGAGAGGCUGUGACUGUGAAGCUUUUUAAUGACAAUAAACAAAAGGAACUGAAGGA